GGGGAGGGUCUUAAAAAUGGAAGGAGAGAGAUUAUCUAGCCUCGUUGAGAAUAACGGAGGAUGAAGAUGGCUAUGUGUGCUUGAGCACCUUAUUCGUUUACCAAUAUCAGGAUAAUUGAGUAAUAGGCUACGCCAGGGCUUUUUGUGUAUGUUUAUUGGUUUACAACAAGUAGUGUAGACGGGAAACAUCGCUGCUCAAAUAGCGCCACGAGUCACCAGAGCACUCGUGGUUCCUUUGAGUUGGCCAACGUGGGAGCCACACCACUGAAUAGCGCUGCUAACUACCGGAAGGUUAGCAGUUCCAUUCAGCCACGAGGGAUUGGAAACUACAGUUGCUGAACGCUACACCGACGCCAUGGGGUGCACACCAAUGUCGCUGUGUUCGUGAGUAACACUCAUUGAGUGGACUAGUGAACUUUAUCAGGCCUGCAACGGGGGUUAUGUCUGCCUUUUUUGUUUGUUUUACAUGCCGGCUGUUGUAAUUUUAUUUGUUGUAUAUUAUGUGCCUGUGCUCUUUGUGAGGGUAUAAUUGAAACUAGGGAGGGAGAGAAAACUAUUUGUGUUUGACGACAGUAAAUAGGAUCCUUAGUAGAGCCUGUGUUUUUUUUGGGAGGAUUCCUGUAACGAUCUUUUGCUUUGCUAGUAUGAACUAAAGCCAGUAUUGCUAGUUUCAGUGAUUGCCCAUAGGGGAGAUGUGCUGUAUAUUUUUAGUUGUUGCUAAUUAUUCACUGGCGGAACAGCAUUACUUUAAAGCAAUGUGAUUAUUUCCUUACAAAGAGGCCUAACAUUAGUCUAUGUUCUAACUCUGAAAAACUUACCUGCAUUUACCCUUGCUAGGGAAAAUAAAUUGCUUUAAAUUAUACUGUAACAUGGGUUGUGAUCUCCACUCACUUUGAAUAGUAGAUUAGUCAAUUAUCCAGGUGGCAACUAUAGAACUCAGGUUUAUGCCUUGUCGUGGCGGUAAUCUCGACAAAAGGGCUACAUAAAUGGAGGCACCGCUGGGAUUCUUUCAGGAAGGAUAAAUACUUUGCUUACAUAACCAGAAUUUAAUAUAGUUCAUGCAUGUGUGUUAUUUCAAAGCCUUGGGCGAGUGUAAGUAAUUUAGUAAUAUAGGCUAAACUCUAAGAGUGAGUGGAGAGCAACAUAUAGCAAAAAAUAGAACACUAAUUAUAUUGAAAGAUUUAACUAAAACUUUAGUACAUACAAGUCAAACUAGCAAACAAUACAAAAGCUAACUUUCAAAAUGUCUAUUCUCGGUAACUGGUGUAAAGGUGAGGGGUUGGACCCUGAACAUGUUAUUGAGGUUACUGAUAUCCCCGACAAUGUUGAAGUGGAAGAUAUUGAGAAAACUCUUGAAACUAUAAAGGCGCUGGGGCGAGUAAAGGUGAGGAUGAAGCUGUUUGACCCAGUCAAAGGACGUUUUGUUGCCUACUGCGUGUGCAAGGAGAAGGUCAACCCGCGGUCCAUUCCCCUGGACGUGGUCCCAAUGGAGGGAGCGGAACCAUGGCCUAUACAUGGGAUAGAAAAUAAUCCUGUGCCACCUACCAGUCCCACUGAGUCUCUUAUAAGAGCCAUGGGUGAGUUUUUUCAGAAGUCAAUGCGGCCACCACAGGAUGGAAAUGCCUUUAAACGUUUGCGAGCCUAUUCUGGCAUUGUUCCCACCCCUGCUGGGGAAGAAAGCUUUGACACUUGGUUAGAGCAUGCCUUACUUAUGGUGGAAGAAUGUGAUUGCUCCACCAAAGAGAAACGUAAGAGAAUAAUAGAAAGCUUAAAGGGGCCUGCCUUUGAGAUCGCUCAGGCAGUAAGGUCAAAUGAUCCAGAUGCUUCCCCUCAUGACUAUCUUGAUGCAGUGGAGAAAGCAUUUGGCUGUCCAGAGACAGGGGAAGAGCUGUACUUUGCUUUUAGAGCAUUACGCCAGAAUACGGGAGAAAGGCUCUCUGAGUUUUUGAGACGAAUAGAGCGACACCUUAACAAAGUGGUCCGCCGGGGUGGGAUAUUAGCACGCCAACGAGACCGUGUCCGAGUAGAACAGCUUUUACGGGGGGCAGUUCACUCAGAUCUCAUGCUGUUGCAGCUGCAGCUACGAGAAAAGAAAGAAAACCCGCCUUCAUUCCUACAGCUCUUAAAUGAGAUACGUGAGGAGGAGCAACAACAGUCAGUACGACAAAAAUCCACUGCUACCAAGACAACCGUGAGGCAAGUGCGUACUGCAGAUGAUGAGCUUGCCAUCACUGAAAUGGACUCUCUGAAAUCAGAGUUAAAGGAACUUAGAGCUUGUGUGUCCGUACUUGCUGCUCAACAGAAAAAAACUUCAUCACAAUCUGAGGCCCCUGCAUUAAGCCAGGCUCAAUCAACAGGCACUCAAAGUGAUAUGAGUGAUCUACAGAUGCAAGUAUCUGAGUUGAAGAAUCAACUGCAAGUGAUGACCGUGAAUCAAAGAGCCACUCGGCCACUAGGUGAGAGAGACAGGAGGAACAGAGAUGAGGGAAUGAAUAUGGCCAGCCGUAACCAGGUCAGUCGUAUGAGAACCGAAUCCGGGCAAGUAGAUAAUGAGGAUUUUUUCUGCUACCGUUGUGGGGAAGAUGGGCAUGUAGCUACCCGCUGCUCAGCCCCUGAGAACUCAGAAAAAGUUAAAACUAAAUUGAUCCGUUCACUGAAGAAACUACAAAGUGGAAACAGAGACUCCAAAAGAGGGGAGGUGAACUGUAUUGUUAAGAAAAGUGAGGCACAUUCUUUGCAGCAAUCCAGUCUUCCGGAAGGUUUAGUUGGCAGGCCAUCAUUCAGUAAGAUUAUUAUUGAAGGGCAACCCUGUUCAGCUUUGAUGGACAGUGGCUCAACAGUCACACUCGUUUUUGAGAGUUGGUACAGCAAGCACCUCUCGCACCUACCCAUACACCCUAUAUCUAGCUUAUCGCUUUGGGGUCUGAGUCAGUCUUCGUACCCAUAUAAAGGAUAUAUUGCAAUGGGGGUGUCAUUUCCGGAUGAGGGUGAAGAGGCCGGAUCUAAGAUCGUACUGGCGUUAGUGUGCCCAGAUCCAUGUGGACCCGACCAAACACCUGUCAUUAUAGGAACCAAUGCCAAAGGUUUUUAUUGGGGACCCACAGCUGACCACAACCCCGAGCAUGAUAAUGAUAGCGGAGCCCACACAUUGCGGGUGCAAGUAGAAUCACCUGAGUCAGUGGGUAGAUUUAUACGCCCUGGCUGGGCAGAAGAUGAAGUGGGUCUUGUUAAGUGGAUAGGUCCGGGGCCACUCACUAUUCCGCCUGGGGGGGCACGUCAAGCCAUAUGCAGAGCUACAGUGAAGAAGUCAUACAGCCCUGGGGUCUUGGUAGUAGAUGCCCCUGCCCGACUGCCAGCUGGAGUGGUUUUGUCACCAUGUGUGCUACUUCCUGUUGACUUGACCAGUGGGGACAUACCAGUACUGUUACGGAACGAGUCCUUGAAAGUGAAGGCCAUACCAAAGGGUGCUGUUGUUGCACAGAUUUACAAAGCAGACAUUGUCACUGAGAUUCAGAGAAACCGUCAACCGUCCAGCCCGAUUGACCCCAAUCUGUUUGACUUUGGGGAUUCACCAAUAUCAGAGGCCUGGCGAAACAGACUGGCCAAGAAACUGUCUCAGCGAACUGGAGUAUUCUCGUUGGAUGAAUGGGACGUGGGCCUCGCAAAGGGAGUCGAACAUCACAUCCGGAUGAAUGACACACGCCCAUUUAGAGAACGUUCUCGACGCUUGCCACCCGGGGACUUGGAUGAUCUACGACGGCACCUGCAGGACCUACUGGCUGCAGGGAUCAUAAAAGAAUCACGCAGCCCAUAUGCCUCCCCUAUAGUCGUGGCUCGAAAGAAGAAUGGGAAAAUUCGAAUGUGUAUUGACUACCGUACUUUAAAUGCGAGGACCAUUCCAGAUCAAUACACCGUGCCAAGAAUAGAUGACGCACUGGACUCUUUGAGUGGGAGCCGGUGGUUUACAGUGAUAGAUUUAAGAAGUGGCUACUACCAAAUCAAGAUGGCUGGUGUGGACCAGGAGAAAACUGCUUUUAUAUGUCCAUUGGGGUUUUUCCAAUUUGAGCGUAUGCCACAAGGUAUUACUGGGGCUCCUGCCACAUUUCAAAGAUUGAUGGAGAAAGCCGUUGGAGACAUGAAUUUGUUGCAGUGCCUAGUAUACCUUGAUGACAUUAUAAUUUUCAGCCGUACCUUGGAAGAACAUGAAGAGCGUCUGUUUAAGGUUCUGGAUCGCCUGGAAGACUAUGGUUUGAAAAUCUCUUUGGACAAAUGCCAAUUCUGCCAACCUCAGGUGAAGUAUGUUGGCCACAUUGUGUCCGAAGCGGGCAUAGCCACCGACCCCGAAAAGCUAAGAGCCGUCGCCGAGUGGAAGCAGCCUACUGACCUGAAGUCUCUCCAGUCCUUUUUGGGAUUCUGUGGCUACUAUCGGCGUUUCAUAGAGAACUAUUCUGCCAUUGUCCGUCCUCUGACUGACCUCACACGGGGUUACCUGCCAGCCCAAAAGGGCAAAAGUCCCAGUAAGGGGAAGACCAACUAUUUCCGGAAAUCAGAGCCAUUCUCAGAAAGAUGGACCAAAGAGUGCUCUGCAGCCUUUAAACAGAUUAUACAACGUCUUACACAUGCUCCUGUCCUAGCUUUUGGGGACCCAUCAAAGCCUUAUAUAUUACAUGUUGAUGCAAGUUUUGAGGGAUUAGGAGCCGUGCUGAAUCAACAAUAUCCUGAAGGCUUACGUCCAGUGGCAUUCGCCAGUCGCAAAUUGAGCAAUGCAGAACGCAACUACCCAGUCCAUCAACUGGAAUUUCUUGCCCUGAAAUGGGCCAUUGUUGACAAAUUCCAUGAUUAUCUAUAUGGGGCUCGAUUUACCGUGAGAACUGACAACAAUCCCCUCACGUAUGUGCUUACGUCGGCCAAAUUGAAUGCCACUGGGCAUCGAUGGUUAGCUGCUCUUUCCACUUAUGAGUUCGGCAUUCAAUACAGACCAGGGCGGGAGAAUAUUGACGCCGAUUCCCUUUCGCGAAAUGUCUCUGAGGGGGAAGGAUGGAUCCCACCGGCAGGGGUUAAAGCCGUCUGCAAGAAAAGUAGUGUUUCUGAAUAUCCAGACCGAACAAUUAGUUAUGCAGAACAAUUAGGCGUGCCACCCCAAGCCAUUCCUGAGAUAUAUGCCUAUCCACUGAGAUUGGAGAGUCAUGCAUUGGAGCGCCUGAGUGACGAGGACCUUAGCCAUGCUCAAGACUCAGAUGCAGCUAUAGGGGUCAUUAAACAUGCUAUGAGAACCGGCCGAUGGCCUACUGUCACUAGACAGAGUGAGAGUCCGGAGAUUGUACAGUUACAACGCGAGGGGAAUAAACUGGUACUGAUGAAUCAGCUUCUCUACCGGAAGACCAAGACAGCAGCUGGAAAAGAGGGCUUUCAGCUGGUGCUUCCCAAACAAUUUCGACCUAUGGUCAUUGAGGCUCUUCAUGAUGACUGUGGCCAUCUGGGUACAGAGCGGACACUUGCUCUUGCUAGGGAUAGGUUCUACUGGCCGAAAAUGGCCGCGGACAUUUCACAGUAUGUUCAGACUUGUGGAAGAUGUGUGACUCACAAGACAAUACCUCGCAAAACCGCCCCCCUUAAUCAGCUAACCAGUCGGGGUCCACUGGAUUUAGUUUGUAUUGAUUUCCUAUCCAUCGAACCAGAUUCCAGAGGUGUUGCUAAUGUGCUGGUAGUGACUGAUCAUUAUACCCGCUAUGCUCAGGCAUACACUACGAAAGAUCAACGGGCACCCACAGUAGCAAAGGUGUUAGUGGAGAGGUUCUUUGUGAAUUAUGGGUUGCCAUCUCGCAUUCACUCUGAUCAGGGACGGGAUUUCGAGAGCCGGCUGAUGAAAGAACUUCUGAAUAUGUUGGGAAUCAGAAAAUCAAGAACUACACCCUACCAUCCCCAGGGGGAUCCGCAGCCAGAGCGGUUUAAUCGCACACUCCUGUCUAUGUUGGGCACCCUUGAUCCUGCACAGAAACAGAGGUGGAGUCAACAUGUUUCCUUGAUGGUGCAUGCCUACAAUUGCACCCGCCAUGACGCAACAGGAUAUUCCCCCUAUUACCUCAUGUUUGGAAGGGAGGCUCGGUUACCGGUGGACCUCUGUUUUGGCAUCUCAAGGGACCAUCAAGGGGAUUGUACCCACCAUCAGUAUGUGGAGAACUUGCGGAGGGAAUUGCGCCGUUCUUACCAGUUGGCAGUCGAAGCUGCAAACAAAAACCACCAGAAGAAUAAGAGGGCAUACGAUUCCCGAAUCCGUAUUCAACACCUGGAGGUGGGAGACAGAGUGCUGAUCCGUGAUUUAGGGGGAACUGGAAAGCAAAAGUUGAAGGACAAAUGGAAUUCCCUGCCCUACACAGUAGUAGAACAGUUGCCUCACCUACCUGUGUAUCGGGUGAGACCAGAGAACGGUGUGGGAGGAGUGAAGACACUCCACCGUAACCACCUCCUACCAGUCGGCCAGCUGAUUAGGUUACCCGAGGUGGUUGAGGAGGUGCACUCCCCCCGUCGACCAAGAACCAGAAUGGAGAGAGCAAGGAAAAGAGAGUCUGGUGGGGAAAAAAUAGACAUGAUGGAUGUAGAUCAGGAAACGUCUGAGUCAGAAGAUGAGGGACCUUUGCAUUUUCCAGCCCCCGCACCGAACAUAAGUUCACAGAGGACCAGGAACGACAACCACGUGGCCUCGAAGCGGGAGCUGCGGAGUGCAGAGAGUACAGCGGACACAUUGUCAGGUAAUGAGGAAGAAAUGCCAGAAUUGGAAGGGAGCACUGAGUCAGUGCAAGAACCUAUCGCUACUAUGGACCAUCAGAUGGACCCUACUUUAUUCCCAGCAGAACACCUGGAGGGGGACACAAUUGAUAGUGAGAUUCAUCCAGCAGCUGGCCCCAACAAUAGUGAUGAUGCACAGUCAGAUGGCCUUGUCAGCAAACGGCAGGUUAAACCUGUGAUUCGUUUAAGUUAUGACUUACCUGGCCAGCCCACUGACAAGCCAGUGGUGGUGGUCCAUAGAGGAUUGCGAAUCCACAUCACUCAGGAAUAUGGCGGAGCCGAUCUGCAGAGUUUCACGAUUCACCUCAAUCCUGUAGCACCAGGGUCGGGAUGUAUAGACUUAAAGCUGAAGCAAUAG